AUGGACAACGAGAGUGGAUCUCAAAAGGAAGAGAUAACAGUAGAUCGAACGGCUUUAGAAACCACAAUUUCAAGAACUAAUGCCCUUGCACCCGACCAAGAGUUGGGAUUCUCACAAAGACGGUGGCAUACCACUGAUUUUGGGCUCAUUCCUAUUCCAAAGAGACUCCGAUACCAUCCAGAUGAACCUCCAUUCCAUUUCGGGCUGCUCCUGAACGCCUCGUUCGGGUUUGCGAGCACUUUCGUUGUGGCGAAUCUGUAUUACUGUCAACCGUUAUUGAUCCAGCUAUCAGAGUCAUUCAACGUUUCAUACGAUGAAAUUUCAAAAGUUCCAACCCUUGUACAAGCGGGUUACGCUGCUGGCCUGCUCCUGAUCUCACCCCUGGGUGACCUUGUCCGUCGACGACAGUUAAUCCUUCUGAUUGUUCUCCUCUCUACAACGCUCUCCAUUCCUCUUGCAGUAACAUCGUCCCUUACGGUCUUCCUCACCUUCUCCUUCCUCGUGGGCUUCGUCUCUGUAACUCCACAGGUUCUACUUCCCCUCGCUGCCGACCUUGCACCGGCACACAAACGUGCAUCUGCGCUCUCCGUUGUCUUCGCAGGACUUCUCUUUGGUGUUCUCAUCGCUCGUGUUUUCGCCGGCAUCAUCGCACAGUUUACCUCAUGGCGUGUCGUCUAUUAUCUUGCUAUUGGCUUGCAAACUGUCGUACUCAUUGGGUCUUGGGCGCUGUUACCGGACUUUCCAGCGAAGAACCAGGGGACGGGAAUGACUUAUCAGAGGAUAUUGUGGACGAUGGGCAAGUACGCGGUGACGGAGCCCGUACUGAUUCAGGCUUGUUUGGUAAACAUGGGGAGUAGUGCGAGUUUUAGUGCUUUCUGGGUCACCUUGACGUUUUUGUUGGGCGGGGACCCGUAUAAUUAUUCCACUCUCGUUAUUGGCCUUUUUGGCUUAGUGGGUAUGUUUGGUGUCGCUAUGGGUCCUUUCGUUGGAAAGGCAAUUGAUGCACUCCCGGCCUAUUAUGCAUCAUUGGUGGGGUGCAUCGCGUUGAUCAUUUUUCAGGUUGUUCAAGUGGUCGGAAAUGGGAUUAGUAUCGCAGCAGUCAUCAUUGCAGUGUUGGGCUUGGAUAUUUUCAGGCAAAUGCUUCAGACUAGUUUGGCGUCAAAUAUAUUUAGUAUUGCACCCGAAGCUCGAGCACGUCUUAACGCCGUGUAUAUACUUUCGCUCUUCAUCGGCCAGGUCACUGGAACAUCCGCCGGGACGUACGUCUUCAUCCACUACGGAUGGCGCCCGUGUGCUCUCAUGACACUGGGAUUUGCGAUCUGGCAGAUUGUGAUCUUGCUAUUGAGAGGGCCGGGGCUGGAUCGCUCGGAUUCUGUGAGAGAGAAAAGGUGGAUUGGAUGGAAUGGAACUGGAUUGGAGCGGAAGCUCAAUGCCUCGGAUAUCACAGAAAAAGAAGGCAAAAGUGAGAGGGAGAGUGGGAAUGUCCGACCCGAAGGUGUGGAUACGAAAAUUAACGACGGGAUUACGGCUACCGAUUCCGAUCCCAAACGUUCAUGA